AAGGAAAAGGCCACAAGGAGAAGCUGGAGCUGGUCGCCUCCUUCGCCUUCUUCGGCAACGUCAUGUCCAUGGCCAGCGUGCAGCUGGCGGGAGCCAAGAGGGACGCGCUGCUGCUCAGCUUCAAGGAUGCCAAGCUCUCCGUGGUGGAGUACGACCCCGGCACCCACGACCUGAAAACGCUCUCCCUCCACUACUUCGAAGAGCCGGAGCUGAGGCUGGAGGGCUGGGUCCCCCAGAGCAGGGCGCAGGCUCGGCUGGGCCGGGAGCAAGCUGGCAGCGUGUCCUUCCCGCCCCGGGCAGGAAAGCGGCCGAGCCGACGGGUGGUGUGGUGGUUGGCCGCCCCGCAGAAGUCGAGUUUCCUGCCCAGCUACAUCAUCGACGUGCGGGAGCUGGACGAGAAGCUGCUCAACAUCAUCGACAUGCAGUUCCUGUACGGCUACUACGAGCCCACGCUCCUCAUCCUCUUCGAGCCCAACCAGACCUGGCCUGGGCGGGUGGCCGUGCGCCAGGACACCUGCAGCAUCGUGGCCAUCUCCCUGAACAUCAUGCAGAAGGUGCACCCCGUCAUCUGGUCCCUCAGCAACCUGCCCUUCGACUGCACGCAGGCGCUGGCCGUCCCCAAGCCCAUCGCUCGGCCAAGCCCGCCCGGCAUGUGCCCGGGCUGUGCUCAGCUCGCUGCUCUCUCUGCAGGCAUUCAGGACGGAGUGAAGGUCACGCUGGACUGCGCCCAGGCCACCUUCAUCUCCUAUGACAAGAUGGUGAUCUCGCUGAAAGGAGGAGAGAUAUACGUCCUGACCCUCAUAACGGAUGGCAUGAGGAGCGUCCGCUCUUUCCACUUUGACAAAGCGGCUGCCAGCGUUCUCACUACCUGCAUGGUCACGAUGGAGCCGGGGUACCUGUUCCUUGGCUCCCGCCUGGGGAACUCCCUGCUCCUCAAGUACACGGAGAAGCUGCAGGAGACACCGAUGAACGUCGUCAAGGACACUUCUGAGAAGCAAGAGGAGCCCCCGCUGAAGAAGAAGCGGUCGGAGUCAUCGGGGAACUGGGCUGGAGGAAAGUCAGCGCCGCAAGACGAGGUGGACGAGAUCGAGGUGUACGGCAGCGAGGCCCAGUCAGGAACCCAGCUCGCCACCUACUCCUUCGAGGUGUGCGACAGCAUCCUUAACAUCGGCCCUUGCGCCAACGCCGCCAUGGGGGAGCCCGCGUUCCUCUCGGAGGAGUUUCAGAACAGCCCGGAGCCAGACCUGGAGAUCGUGCUUUGCUCCGGGUACGGGAAGAACGGAGCUCUCUCCGUCCUGCAGAAAAGCAUCCGGCCCCAAGUGGUGACGACCUUCGAGCUCCCAGGCUGUUACGACAUGUGGACUGUGAUCUCACCCCAGAAAAAGGAGGAGCCGGAGGAAAAUGCCUCGGGGGAAAAUGCGGAAAAGGAGCCUGCGCCCCCCGAGCCUGAGGACGACAGCAAGAGGCACGGGUUCCUGAUCCUCAGCCGGGAGGACUCCACCAUGAUCCUGCAGACCGGUCAGGAGAUCAUGGAGCUGGACACGAGCGGCUUUGCCACGCAGGGACCCACGGUGUUUGCGGGCAACAUCGGAGAGAACCGGUACAUUGUCCAGGUGUCGCCCCUGGGCAUCCGGCUGCUGGAAGGAGUGAAUCAGCUGCACUUCAUCCCCGUGGACCUGGGCUCCCCGAUCGUGCACUGCGCCGUGGCGGACCCCUACGUGGUGAUCAUGAGUGCCGAGGGCCAGGUGACCAUGUUCGUGCUGAAGAGCGACACGUACGGGGGCAGGACGCACCGGCUCACCCUCCAGAAACCGCAGCUGCACCACCAAUCGAAGGUGAUCGCGCUGUGCGUGUACCGUGACGUCAGUGGGAUGUUCACCACGGAGAGCCGGGCGGCCAGCACCCGGGACGAGCUGUCCCUCCGGAGCCACUCGGAGGCAGAGACCGUCAUCCAGGACAUCAGCGACACAGUGGACGACGAGGAGGAGAUGCUGUACGGGGACUCUGGGCUGCUCUUCAGCCCUGCCAAGGAGGAGCCGCGCCGGAGCAGCCUCCCCUCGGCGGACAGAGACCCCCACCAGUACAAAGUGGAGCCCACGCACUGGUGUGUGCUGGUGCGGGAGAACGGUGCUAUGGAGAUCUACCAGCUGCCGGACUGGCGCCUGGUGUUCCUGGUGAAGAACUUCCCCAUGGGGCAGCGGGUGCUGGUCGACAGCUCCUUCGGGCAGCCCGCCGCCCAGGGCGACGCCAAGAAGGAGGAGGUGACGCGGCAGGGAGAGCUGCCGCUGGUGAAGGAGGUGCUGCUGGGGGGCCCGGGCAACCGCCCGACCCGGGACAUCAUCGAGGUGGUGCCGGAGCCAGGGCAGCCGCUCACCAAGAACAAGUUCAAGGUGCUGUACGAGAAGGAGCAGAAGGGUCCCGUGACCGCCCUCUGCCACUGCAAAGGUUGGGGGUGGGGGGCUGCCAUCUUCCUGUGGAGCCUGAAGGACAACGACCUGACGGGCAUGGCCUUCAUCGACACCCAGCUCUACAUCCACCAGAUGAUCAGCGUCAAGAACUUCAUCCUGGCCGCCGACGUCAUGAAGAGCAUCUCGCUGCUGCGCUACCAGGAGGAGAGCAAGACGCUGUCACUCGUCAGCCGGGAUGCGAAGCCCUUGGAGGUCUACAGCGUGGACUUCAUGGUGGACAGUAACCAGCUGGGCUUCCUAGGUAUGUCCCCCUGCCGGGCACUGCGUCCCAGGGAGGCUGCUUGGGGGUCCCUGCGCAGCUCCAGGCGCCGUGGGAGUCCCUACCGUGCUCAAGCUCCCUGUCCCUGUCCGCGGUCCCCCACGGGCCUCACCUUGCUGCACUUGUCCCAGUGCACGCGGGGCACCACGACGUAG